GUGGAGGCGGAGAUGAAGGAGUUGAUAGAGGGAGAUGGAUGUAUGCGGGAGGUUUUGUAUCGAGCCAUGGACGGGCGGAUGGAUCGACGAGGAUGUGAGAGGGGAGAGGCCGUAUGCCAGCGAUGCGAAUUGGCAGGGAUAGAAGCAGGAGUAGAAGGCGUAGAAGCAGAAGUAGAAGGCGUAGAAGCAGACGUAGAAGGCGUAGAAGCAGAAGUAGAAGGCGUAGAAGCAGACGUAGAAGGCGUAGAAGCAGAAGAACAGGGCGAGGAAAUGGGCCGAGGAGAGAGAGAAGAAUGGACGGAGGAAACAACGAGGAGGUGGGAAGAAGAGUCGAAGAGAGCAGGCCGAUCGAGUGGAAUUUGA